GCGGGCCCCGCCCCGCGGUGGCGCCGCCCCGGGGACAAUAGCGCGGGGCCAUGGCGUCCGCCGGCGGCCGCCCGCCCAGCCAGAGCCGCGCCAUCCCCACGCGCACCGUGGCCCUCAGCGACGCCACGCAGCUGCCCCCCGACUACUGCACCACCCCCGGCGGCACCCUCUUCUCCACCACGCCGGGAGGUACCCGCAUCAUCUACGACCGCAAGUUCCUGCUGGACCGCCGCAACUCGCCCAUGGCGCAGACGCCGCCGUGCCACCUCCCCGACAUCCCCGGCGUCACCAGCCCCGGCGCCGCCGACGAGCCCAAAGCGGAGGCCGGCAGCAGCCUGAGCAAUCACGACGGGAAGCCGUCCACGGGGGACGAUGCGCAGUUCGAGAUGGACAUCUGACCGGGCGCCCUCCUGCUCUCCUUCGCCGUUUCCCCGUUGUUUUUUUCCUCCCGUUUUAUUUUUUUGUGUGUGUGGUUUUUUUUGUUUUUUUUUUUUUGCCAAGUUGCCUUCAGCUCCCAUACACCUGCCCCCUUCCCAAAACUCGUUUUAAGGAACAACGCCUGGAAAUCGAGGGUUUGUUUUUUGAUUUUUUUAGCAGCCGGGCUCCCCAUCCCGGGGCCAGCAGCUCGUGCCGCCCUCCCCGUGCCUUCUCCCGGAAAAUUUCAGCAGCCACGGUACCCGAGGAGGUACCGGCACCGCCGAUGCUGCCCCUCCGGGCGGAGAAAACUCUUUUGGGGUCCGGGUUCAACCCCGAUGGUGCCGGGCACUGCACCCGGGCUCCCCGUUUCCAUCAGGCAACGCAACGCGGCCGUGCACUACGGGCAGCCCUUGGUUUUACGAUAUAUAUUUAUAUUUUCUGGUACUGAACAAAAAGGGGAGAAAAUAAUAAAAAAAAAGGGGGAGAAAUCUCUCUCUCAGGCCAGAUUUUGUGCCGGGGGGGGGAUUUGGGAUUUGGGGGGGAUUUUCUUUGCCAGGUGCUGGCAUCGGGGUGCUGCGUGAGUGGAGAUGCGGAUAGGCGUGCGGGUGGGUGCUUGUGACACGCGCACAGAUAUAUAUAUGUUAUAUAUAGAGAGAGAUAUAUUUUUUUUCCUUAAAAUGACGAUCCGAGGGGGUCCUUCGCGUCCUCGGGUUGGCCGGGGCGGGGGCGACGUGUCGCGGAGCGGGGAGGGCGACGGCCGUCAGCCGCGCGGUGCGUCGCGGGACCGCUGUUCCCCGAGCCGAAAAAAAACGAUAAUCCAAGGGACAUCCUGACUUUCUACGACUUUCUACGACGUUUCUACGGCUUUCUACCGAGUUUCUACAACUUUCUACCGAGUUACCUUUUUCUUUGUUCUUUUUUCGUUGUUUUGUUUUUGUUUCUUAAACGGGAUUCUGGCUGAAGAGCGAGGAGUGCCCGGCCUCUCGGGGCGGCUUCUCCGCUGUUCAGGGUUGUCGGUGGGGUUUUUUUGGUUUUCCUGUCUCUUGAAAGAGGUGUUGGGGAGGAGAAGAGCUCUCACCGGUGGUUGCUGUUACAGCGAGGUCAAUAAAGAUCUUGGUUCUACAACA